AUGAGCACCUUUUCAAAGUUCCGGGAGCCUCCCGCCGCGCUCUCCGAAGAGUGGCGGAGCUGGUCGACCGCGAACUCCGUGAGCCCGGCCGACCUCUCCAACGCCGCAAUCCGGCACGCACUCGCGGUCACUCGCUUUUGCAGCGCGCGCUCACUCGGCUGCACGUGGGCGGAGCAUCACGCGCUGCUGGACAUGAGUCGCGCGCCAUACGCUCACCUGUACGACCAGCACACCGUCCCGAGCGAGGCGCGUCCCGGCGCCACGAGCUGCGCGCGGCUUCACCGCCCGAACGCCUCGCAGCUGCUCGCGCUGGUCCGCGACUCGCAGCCGGCAGUGCUCACCGGCCUCCUGGACGGCUGGCCGGCAACGCGCAAGUGGACCGACGAGUACCUCGCGGCCGCACUCGGCGAGCGCAGAGUGGCGCUCUCGCCUGAGCCCAUCGAGCGGUGGACCGGCACGAGCAGCGGCGGCGGCGGCGGGGCAAGCGGAGAGUGGGUGAUCGCGCGGCCGGCGCACGAGACGAUGAAAUUUCGCGACGCGCUGCGCGCCAUCGCCUCCGCCGGCGAGAGCGGGCUCUCUCGCUACCUCGAGUACUUCCCGCUCGAGGCCUUCCGCUCCCCAUCGCUGCUCGCCGACCUGGCGCCGCCGGCCGCCGCCGCCGCCAAGGCCGCCGCCGACGAGGCGGAGGCGCGGUCGUGGGCGCGCACGGGCGGCGGCGCAGGCUCUCCGUUUGGAGACGGCGACGCGUCGGCGGCGCCGCCCCUGCGGGGGCGCGGCAACGAGGAAGCUGGCUCGUUGCCGCUCGCCUCGUGGCUCCUCCCGAGGAAGCAGCUCUUGUGGCUUGGGCCCGAGAACACCGUCGGCGCCACCCACCACGACGCGUUUGAGAACCUGAUGCUGCUCGACGGCGGGCCGCACCUCCGCGCGCACCGCCCGAUGCGCGAGGCGAGGCUGGCGCUGGUGCCUGCUCAGCAGCCCGGCGGCGGAGGGGAGGGCGCAGGCGAGGGCGCGGGCGAGGGCAGGCCGCGCCUCGUCCGCCUCGCGUCGAACAUCGGCGAGCCGAGCCUCUCCCACUCGUACGCCGAGGCGCGCCUCUCGCGCCCCGCGGCGGAGCAGCCGCGCGGCGUCACCCUCGGCGAAGCGACCGUCUUCACUUGCACGGCGCGGGAGGGCGAAGUUGUGUACGUGCCGAGCUACUGGUGGCACGAGGUCGUCUCCAGCGCUGGCGACCUCGGCGGCCCAAUCGGCAUCAACUGGUUCUUCGAGCCCUUCUACCUCCGCCUUCGGCCAAACGCCAGCCUCGAGCGAAACACGCACUACCUCCUCCUCGACGACAUGACCGCGCGCCGGCUCGAGGAGCCGUUCCCGCCGCGCGCCGCCACCCCCGCAGCCGACUCGCCGACGCACGAGGUAGUGCCGCCGCGGGAUACAGCGGAGCCCAGCGACGCCGACUAUGUCCUGCUCCCCGCCGGCCUCGCUUCGCCCGGCUUCUUCGUGCGAAACGCCUCGGCGCACCCGUGGGUGGAGCAGGGCCGCAACAGCCUCGCGAGCCCCGUCCUGGAGCUGCUCGACGAGACGAUGGCGGCGGCGGAAACAACCACCCUCGUCAACGCCGGCGCUUCCGUGGGCGCGAUCGCCCUCUACGCCGCCUCGCUCGGCGCGACGGUGCAUGUUGCCGAGGCGGACCCGGACAGCUUCGAGGCGCUGCUGGCCAACGUCGCUGCCAACCCGGAGGAGGUGCGGCGGCGCAUCACACCCUCCUUCGUCGCGGUGGGCGACCGGCCCGGCGCGGUGCGCCUGUCCACGCCGGCGGGCGAGGCGGGCGGCGGGCGUGGCUCCGCCGCUUCAGAGAAUGAGAGCGCGCGACCCGCAGGGGAGGGGCUGGGGGUAGAGGCGGGGAGGUCGUGGGAGGUGGCGGGUGUCGCGUUCGACGCGUACCUCGACGCCGCCCUCGAGGAGGGCCGUGCGGAGGGCAGGACCGACGCCCUUGUAGUGAUGGACCUCGACGGGGGCGAGAGGGCGGCGCUCCGCUCUGCCUUUGGCUCGCUCGCCCACCGGCCGGCACCGCGGCCGCCGCUGCUGGUGGAGGCGCACCCCGGCCUCUUCAGCCCGCGGGGCGGGCCGACGUCGGAGCGCGCGCAGUAUGUGGCGGCGGUCUGCCGCACGCUCGCCCUCUACCGCCACCUCUUCUUCCUCGGGCGCGAGCAGGCGCCGACGUGCGCACCCGCUACGACGACGCGCGCGCGGUGCCGCCACAGGGCGCUGCUGUACCGCUUCUCGUCGGUGCACGAGCUCGCCCGUUUCCUCGCGUCGACCAGCGAGGCCGCGCUCUGGGUGUUUGCGUCCGAUGAUGCGCCGAGCGCCGUUCGGCAGAGGCCGAUGCCGCGGGGCGACGCUGUGGGCGCGGCGAACGCGCGGGGAGAGGGGAGCGAAAGUUGA